AGUAUCGCGAUACUUCUCGUCAGUGGCGGCUCACUGGCCCACUCCACUCACCACGGGCUUGUUCCUGACAGAUUUGAAUGAACGCAGAGUAAGGUAGCGCAGUAACCACCCCACAGGAGAGAAUGGCUUCAGCCUUGGAGCAGUUCGUGAACAAUGUGCGGCAGCUCUCGGCUCAAGGUCAGAUGACUCCUCUGUGCGAGUUGAUCAACAAGAGCGGAGAGCUGCUCGCCAAGAACCUGUCUCACCUGGACACAGUAUUAGGAGCGCUGGACAUCCAGGAGCACUCGCUCGGAGUGCUAGCCGUACUAUUUGUGAAGUUUUCCAUGCCAAGCAUCCCCGACUUUGAAACGUUAUUCUCCCAAGUUCAGCUCUUCAUCAGCACAUCCAAUGGAGAACAAAUCCGAUACGCAACAGACACGUUCGCUGGGCUUUGCCACCAGCUGACCAACGCUCUGGUUGAACGAAAACAGCCGUUGAGGGGCAUCGGCAUUAUCAAACAGGCAAUAGACAAAAUACAGAUGAACUCCAACCAGCUCACCUCAGUGCACGCAGACCUGUGUCAGCUGUGCUUGUUGGCGAAGUGCUUCAAACCCGCCCUUCCGUUCCUGGAGCUGGACAUGACCGACAUCUGCAAGGAGAACGGCUCCUACGACGCCAAGCACUUCCUGUGCUACUACUACUACGGCGGCAUGAUCUACACGGGCCUCAAGGACUUCGAAAGGGCGCUGUAUUUCUACGAGCAGGCGAUAACCACUCCCGCGAUGGCCGUCAGUCACAUCAUGCUGGAGGCCUACAAGAAGUACAUCCUGGUGUCCCUCAUCCUCCACGGGAAAGUGCAGCCGCUGCCUAAGUACACCUCGCAGAUCGUGGGCAGGUUCAUCAAGCCUCUUAGCAACGCGUACCACGAGCUGGCGCAGGUGUACGCCAGCAACAACCCCACGGAGCUGCGCGGCCUGGUGGGCAAACACGGCGAGGCCUUCAUGCGAGACAGCAACACGGGCCUGGUCAAGCAGUGCCUGGCCUCCCUGUACAAGAAGAACAUCCAGCGGCUAACCAAGACGUUCCUCACGCUGUCCUUACAAGACAUGGCAAGCCGAGUGCAGCUCAGCGGCCCUCAGGAGGCAGAGAAAUACGUCCUGCACAUGAUCGAAAACGGCGAAAUCUACGCCAGCAUCAACCAGAAAGACGGUAUGGUGUGUUUCCACGACAACCCAGAAAAGUACAACAACCCAGCAAUGCUCCACAAAAUUGACCAGGAGAUGCUGAAGUGUAUAGAGCUGGAUGAGAAGCUAAAGUCCAUGGAUCAGGAGAUCAUGGUGAACCCCCAGUUUGUACAGAAGAGUAUGGGAUCGCAAGAGGACGAUGUUGGAAGCAAAACGUCAAGUUACUCCUGAAGACUUUUGGAGACCGGGAAGGGAUGGGGUGCUGUUUUGAGUCGGGUUAAUUUUGGAAGACGUUUUUUAAGCAAAGUUUAAUCGGUGGAGCCUGGACAUUGUUCAUGAAAAAAUAUAACUGUGUGAAAUAAUACUGCUUUCACACAGUCAUGAGGAAUACUAAAGAAAAACAGUUUGUGCAUUUUAUUUAUCAGUGUUCAAAUUUAAGCACCAUUGCUUCAUUUAACAAAAAAAAACUAAUAAAAACCGGACUUGUUUGUUCAAAAACA